AUGCAAGAUGAAAGUUUUAUAUUAUUUGGAGCAUCUCCAGAAAGUUCUUUAAAGUAUGAUGAAAAAACAAGACAAAUAGAACUUUAUCCCAUAGCUGGUACUAGACCUAGGGGUAGAAAAAAAGAUGGAACUCUAGAUUUAGAUUUAGAUAGUAGAAUAGAACUUGAAAUGAGGACUAAUCAUAAAGAAUUAGCCGAACAUUUAAUGCUUGUAGACUUAGCUCGAAAUGAUCUUGCACGUAUUUGUGAACCAGGAUCUAGAUAUGUUUCAGAUUUAGUAAAGGUAGACAAGUAUUCUCAUGUAAUGCAUUUGGUCUCUAAAGUAGUAGGUAAAUUAAGAGGUAGAUUAGAUGCUCUUCAUGCAUAUUCUGCUUGUAUGAACAUGGGAACAUUAACUGGAGCACCUAAGUACGUGCAUGCAACUGAUUGCUGA